GGCUUUGUGUUCUUAGCCCUAAAGCCGCUCAGCCAAUGGGACCACUCUGGAGGCAAGGUUUGGUGUCAAAUAGCAUGCUAGAUUGAAUGCCUUUGACUGUUAAAGUGGAAGGAGGCUGCAGGGUUUCAUUGGAGCCUCGGAGUUUUUCACUGAGGCAGGGGUCAGCUGAAAGACAAAGAAAAAUGGCGAAUAGUUUGGUGGGGGGUGGGAGGACAGCUGUUCGGGUUUUCUCUGGAGUGGACAUUCCAGACUCAGGUUUCUGCAUCUCCUGCUGCCUUUUGUUUCCUCCGUUCUUUUGGGGGGGAGGGAUAGGAGUGACUUAAAUUCUCCCUGUCCAUGGAGAUAUAAAUAACUACAUGUAAAAUUAAUGCAGUUCUCGUUGUCAGAAUGUCCACAGAAGGAGGAUUUGGUGGUACUAGCAGCAGUGAUGCCCAGCAAAGCCUACAGUCCUUCUGGCCUCGAGUCAUGGAAGAAAUCCGGAAUUUAACAGUGAAAGAUUUCCGAGUACAGGAACUCCCACUGGCUCGUAUUAAGAAGAUUAUGAAACUGGAUGAAGAUGUGAAGAUGAUCAGUGCAGAAGCCCCUGUGCUCUUUGCCAAGGCAGCGCAGAUUUUUAUCACGGAGUUGACUCUUCGAGCCUGGAUCCACACUGAGGAUAACAAGCGCCGGACUCUACAGAGGAAUGAUAUCGCCAUGGCAAUUACAAAAUUUGAUCAGUUUGACUUUCUCAUCGAUAUUGUUCCAAGAGAUGAACUGAAACCUCCAAAGCGUCAGGAGGAGGUGCGCCAGUCUGUGACUCCUGCAGAGCCCGUCCAGUACUACUUCACACUGGCUCAGCAGCCCACUGCCGUCCAAGUCCAGGGGCAGCAGCAAGGCCAGCAGACCACCAGCUCCACUACCACCAUCCAACCUGGGCAGAUCAUCAUCGCACAGCCUCAGCAGGGCCAGACCACACCCGUGACCAUGCAGGUUGGAGAAGGUCAGCAGGUGCAGAUAGUCCAGGCCCAGCCGCAGGGUCAAGCCCAGCAGGCCCAGAGCGGCACUGGACAGACUAUGCAGGUGAUGCAGCAGAUCAUCACGAACACAGGAGAGAUCCAGCAGAUCCCGGUGCAGCUGAAUGCUGGCCAGCUGCAGUAUAUUCGCUUAGCCCAGCCUGUAUCAGGCACGCAAGUUGUGCAGGGACAGAUCCAGACGCUUGCCACCAAUGCGCAACAGAUCACACAGACAGAGGUCCAGCAAGGACAGCAGCAGUUCAGCCAGUUCACAGAUGGACAGAGGAACAGCGUGCAGCAAGCUCGAGGCUCUGAGCUAACGGGAGAGGCAGAGCCCAGAGAAGUGAAAGCCACAGGAAAUGCAACUCCCUGCACCUCUUCCCCGCCCACCACACACACCCCCUCCCACCGGGCUGGUGCCUCCUGUGUCUGCUGCUCCCAACCCCAGCAGAGCUCCACAUCCCCUCCUCCCUCUGACGCCUUGCAGUGGGUGGUGGUUGAGGUAUCUGGGGCCCCCAACCAACUCGAGGCCCAUAGGGAGCUGCAUGCCCCUCUCCCAGGGGUGACCUCACUCUCUCCUCUCCACCCCUCGCAGCAGCUCUACCAGAUCCAGCAAGUCACCAUGCCUGCCGGCCAGGACCUCGCCCAACCCAUGUUCAUCCAGUCAGCCAACCAGCCCUCCGACGGGCAGACCCCCCAGGUGACCGGCGACUGAGGGCCUGAGCUGGCAAGGCCAAGGACACCCAACACAAUUUUUGCCAUACAGCCCCAGGCGAAGGGCGCAGAGUCCCUCCCCAGAGGACCCGGCCGACCUCAGCGCCUCCAGCAGGCUAGGACACUGGUGCACUACGCCCGACAUCUGGGCGCCGAGAUUCUCCAACAGAAAGAUGCAAUAUUUUUUAUUUCUUUUUUUUUUUUUUUUUCAUUUUCUCCUCCAAGGAAUCAAUAUUUCAAUAUGUUGAGCUGUGUGUCCAAUGCUAUGAAAUGAAAAUAUUAAAUGACAUAUUUAUGGCAUUUUCGUGAAGAGUGUGGUUAAAGAAAUAUUUCUUUUGUUUUCUUUUUUUUUGGUUCUUACUGCCACUUCUUUAUAGGAGCAAAUCUUCUCAGGGGUAUAUGUUAUCUCCUGACUCUUGGAACAGCUGCUGCCCCCAAGAUUUGCUGCCUUGUGCUGCCCUCAGAUUAAAUUAGGUGAACGCGUGUAGCUUCUUUUUCACUACUAGUCCUCUCCUUGUGCCCUGCUCUUGCCCCAGACGUCUGCGUAUUGGCAUCCAGAAGCCAUGGAAACAUUCCUUGCUUUUAAGAGAUGAACUCAUUUGCCACCAGACUGGAUGGUUUCAUUCCCAAACCCUUAUCUUCCAGGGACCCAAGGAGACUAGAACUUUGUGCGUUUGCCCCCCCGACCCACCUAUUUUUUAUUUUUUAAAUGCAUUAAAAAUUGUGCUAGUCUCCAUUGCUGCAUGGACUUCAAACUGCAUGAAAUGCAAUAAAUCUCAUUUUAGAUAA